AUGUCAUAUUCUAUCUCAUCUGAAACAGAAUCGAUUCAAUCUUGUAAACCAGUUCGUUAUGCUGGAGACUCUAGAGAAUAUGUUGUCAUAGGAAAUCAUAAAUAUUUGCGAAAUGAAUUAAUGGAAGCUUUUGGUGGUACAUUAAAUCCAGGGUUAUCUCCACCACCAGUUCAUAAAUUUGGUAAUGCAUCAGCUUUAGGGUUAGGAGCUUUUUCGUUGACAGCUUUUACUCUUGGAUUAUACUCUCUUAAUACCAGACAUAUUCAAAUUCCUGAUUUGAUUUUGUCUUUACUUUUCAUGUAUGGUGGUACUUGUCUUUUUCUUGCUGGUGUAUGGGAAUUGGUUAUUGGAAAUACUUUUGCUGCAACAGCAUUUGCUAGUUUGGGACCUUUCUUUAUGGGUUAUGGAGCAACAUUAAUUCCUUCUUUUGGUAUUCUGGCUGCUUACGCAGAUGAGCCAGAACAAUUGGCUCAAGCUCUUGGGUUUUACUUUCUUGGUUGGGGAAUAUUUGUAUUCAUGCUAUUGUUAUGCACAUUGAAAUCUACUGUCAUGUUCAUUUUAACAAUUCUCACCACAGACAUUGCAUUCUUUUUGUUAGCUAUUGCUCAGAUGACUGGUUCACCUACUGUUGGUAGAGCCGGUGGUAUAUUUGUUAUAAUAACUGCUCUCUGCGGUUGGUAUAAUAUGUUUGAGGGUAUGGCCAAUUCGACCAACAGUUAUAUUGUUCCACCACCAAUGCCAUUACCUGUCUUUGGAAAACGUUAA